UAAUAAAUAAAGAGGACUUGGGAUCCAAGUAGAACCAUCUUCUCAAAACUCUCAGCUUUGAUCUGUGAGGGGUAAGGCUGCUACACCAACUCCAGAUCCUCCACAGUUCUCUCACUCAUCUCUCAGCUCUCUCUCUCUCUUCAGGAUAAUUCCUAUCAAUUGGUAAAUUAGAGUAAAGGAAAGGAAUUUGACAAGGAAAGAUAAACGAUCACUUGGAGAGGGAGGAGAUCAACCUACAGGGUUUAUACCUGAGUAGUUGUAUAGGCACAAUGGCAGCAGCGACGACUUCACAGAAACUACAAUUUCAGUUCAAUUAGGGUUUCUCCAUUCCCAAAUUCUAGCAUUUCUCCAAAUUCUUUGGAUUUCCCGUUGAAAUUAAGCUAUAAAUUGCUCUAAUUUCUUAUAUUUUCGUAUUUUGGUUGAAAUUUUCUUUCUAUCCUGAAGAAGAAACUGGGAAUUGGUGAAAUUAAGGGUUAGGGUUUGGAUCGUAAAGAAUGUCCAAAGUCAGGGAUAGGAUGGAAGAUUUCAAAGAUGCGGUGCGCCACUCUGCUAUAUCAAUGGGUUACAACGAGUCCAAAUUGGCAGCGAUUAUGGCAAAAUUCAUCAUCCAUGCACCCCGGCAGCGGUCGCCUUUCACCAGAGCUGCCCUCAAGACGCUUGAAAGCAUAGGAGCUCUGGAACAGUUUAUGUUGAAACAUCGAAAGGAUUAUGUGGAUCUGCAUCGCACCACUGAACAGGAGAGGGAUAGCAUUGAGCAUGAAGUUGGUGCUUUUAUUAAAGCAUGCCAAGAACAAAUCGAUGUUCUAAAAAAUAGCAUUAAUGAUGACGAGGCAAACUCAAAGGGCUGGCUUGGAAUUAGGACUGACUACUCCAACGCUGAUACCAUAGCACACAAACAUGGUGUGGUUUUGAUUUUAAGUGAGAGACUCCAUUCAGUCACGUCACGGUUUGAUCAGCUAAGGGCCAUACGCUUCCAAGAUUCCAUUAACAAAGCAACACCAAGAAGAAAACCUAAGCGGAUUAAGACUUCAGCAUCCACAGACACCUCUAACUCUAACAAUUUGGAGCUCAGGGAACCUAAUGAAUUUCAACCCGAACCUCUAACAGUGCAACAACAACUCUUGGAUGAUGAAACACGUGCCCUUCAGGUAGAGCUGACUAGCCUUCUAGAUGCGGUUCAGGAAACUGAAACUAAGAUGGUGGAAAUGUCUGCGCUGAAUCACCUUAUGUCCACACAUGUUUUGCAACAAGCCCACCAAAUAGAGCAACUGUACGAUCAGGCAGUUGAAGCAACAAAGAACGUAGAGCUCGGCAACAAAGAGAUCUCCAAAGCAAUCCAGCGGAAUAGCAGCAGCAGGACCUUUCUUUUUCUUUUCCUAUUUGUACUUACGUUUUCGAUUCUCUUUCUUGAUUGGUAUAGUUAAACAUCGUAUACAUUAUAUUCGUUAAACUUUCACACAGGAAAUCGGGAAGAACUGAAAAGUUGAGUUGAGUGAUGUUUACUUGUUCCUCUUAAUCCCUUCCCAGUUUAAUGAUACGAUUGUAAAUCUUCCUCUCCCAGAUUUUGUUUUUAGUGUAUAUGUGAUUUCCUCGAAUAUAUACGUAUUUGUGACUGAUA